AUGUCUAGAUUAUCAAUUCGUUCUUUUUCAUCUUCUCCAAUAGCAUCCAAAGUAGGGUAUUCUACUGUGCAGCCUGUACAUCAUUUGAUUCCAAUCAAGAAGCAAACCCUUGGUAAGAGAUUCCCUGAAUUGAACAUACCCAAGGAUGAUAUUCGUUCUCCUCAAUAUAAGCCUAAAGAUGUCUAUCAAGAUAGAGUUAAUGAGUACUACCAGAAUGUGUUAAAGUCGGACUUAUUACUCCAUUACUAUGAGCACGAUCUGGAAGCUGUCACUGGUAAUAAGGCUAGAUCCUGGGGAGAAUUCUCUCCAUAUGCCGUAUAUCGUAGAGAUCGUAAGCCAAAGGGAUUAAGUAGAGCCACCAGAGAUAUCAAACCUGUUACUCCUCGUAAUAUUCCCGAGUUGACUGGAAUUAGUAUCAAUUUAUAUAAUAAGGCUGCUUUAGAAGAAAGUUGGAUUAAUAUCUCUGCAAGAUUACAACUAGCUCAGAUAACAAAUGUCAAACCUAAAGUGGUGUACAAUAAGAGUAACGUCUUACCUUGGAAAGUCAGACAAGGUAAGGAGUGUGGUUGUAAAGUUGAGUUGGAAGGAAGAGAUAUGACUAGAUUUCUUUCCACUUUAGUUGAAUUGGUUUUACCUAGAAUUAGAACUUUCAAGGGUAUCAAGGACUCACUGGGAGACAAAAGUGGUAAUAUUACCUUCGGACUCUCACCAGAAGAGAUCAAGUUUUUCCCUGAGAUUGAAAACUUCCAAGAAUUGUUUCCUAAUUUAUUUGGGUUCCAUCUCACUUUCAAGACCAAUGCUGGUACCGACGAAAGAGCCAGAACAUUGUUAACUUCGUUGGGCUUACCAUUUUAUAAAGAAGUCAAGAAUGUGCAGUAG